UGUAGAGGAAUGUGCGGAAACUUCUGCCUAGUUUUCUAACAGCGCUGACCGUCAAAGGAAAACCUUCGAAGAACAGGAAAGUCUCCAGGAAAGUCUCUGGAAGUUCGGAGCCUUGGCGCUGAAACCCGGUGAGCCUUCAGAACCGUAAAGUUCUGCCGAUCGACCCUCGCCGUCUGGUCUCUGCAGCUUCCUGUGGGUGGAGCCCGGUCGUCAUGGCGACUCAGACCAUGUUCUCAGCUGGGAUGUAUCCUGUGGGCGUCUCUCUGGCGGAGGACGGGCCGGGCCUCAGCGACCUGCCCCGGAACACGCUGCCCGCCCCUCAGCUGGUGAUGCUGGCUAACGUGGCAGCGGUGACGGCGGCGGAGGGUGGCGACGGCGGCAGCAUGGCUGACGAGAAGGAGAUGAUGGAGCUGAAGACGGUGGGAUGCGGCUACUCUGACAGUGAAGACGAGGGCGUCAUCAGGUACAGCUACGACAACCAGAACCACCGCGAGGUGUGCAUCGUGGAGUACCCAGAGUCCCCGAACCCGGCCGCCCAGACCGUCACCAUCGGCGGCAGCAGAGAGGAUGAGGAGAACCCCCCCACUGAGAAACAGCCCCCCUCCAUUAAGCCCCGCCCUUCCACCAUUUCACCCCAACCUGGGGUCAAAGGGCUGGCGGACGGCACCCAGAAGAAGAAACCGUUCUGCUGCAAGCCAUGCCACUUCCAGGGCCAGAACGAGCAGGAGUUCGUAGAGCACCUGAGCACGCACAGCAUCAACAAGAUGAUGGUGGUGCACCAGGUGGAGGGGCGGAGCAAGAGCAAAGCCAAGGAGGCAGAGUCACAGGAGGCUUUGCCAGGCAGGGAGGCGGAGCAUGGCGGAGAGGCGGAGCCCAGCGGCGAGGACGCGGCCGCCGGCGUAGACGCCAAAGGGCUGAUCAGGUGCGAGCGCUGCGGCUACAACACCAACCGCUACGACCACUACAUCGCUCACCUGAAGCACCACAGCAAGGAGGGUGACGACCACAGGGUGUUUAAGUGCACGCUGUGCGCCUACACCACGGUCAGUCAGUACCACUGGAGGAAGCACCUGAGGAAUCACUUCCCCAGCAAACUGCACACCUGCAGCCAGUGUUCCUACUUCUCUGACCGCAAGAGCAACUACAUCCAGCACAUUCGGACCCACACAGGUGUGCGUCCAUUCCAGUGUCUUUACUGCGACUACUCGAGCUCCCAGAAGACUCACCUGACCCGCCAUAUGAGGACUCACUCAGGUGAACGUCCCUUCAAGUGUGAGAGCUGCAGCUACCUGGCAGCCAAUCAGCACGAAGUGACCCGUCACGCCCGCCAGGUCCACAACGGUCCCAAGCCUCUGUCCUGCCCCUACUGCGAGUACAAGACGGCUGACCGCAGCAACUUUAAGAAGCAUGUGGAGCUGCACCUGAACCCACGGCAGUUCCUCUGCCCGCUCUGCAAGUACGCCGCUUCCAAGAAGUGCAACCUGCAGUACCAUAUCAAGUCCCGGCACUCCGGCUGCAACGUGGACCUGGAUGUGUCCAAAGUCAAGCUGCGAGUGAAGAAACCCGGUCAGGACGGUGCAGACAACAAGUCGGAGUUAAAAGCAGCCAAGCUGGAUGACUCCCCCGCCAUGGAGGACGAUGUGGACGAGGAAGACGACUCGAGCCCCAUCAAUCUGUCCAUCAGGAGUAGCAGCAGACCCAGCAUCAAACUGCCACAGCUGAGUGAGAUUCCCGACAAGACUGCAAAGAAACGCAACUCCAUGUCUGAGAAGGAGAGACCUGUAAAGGCAAAGGAAGCGGAAAAGAAAGUCUCAACAAGGCAGAAGAAGGUCAAGGAGAAUCCUGUGGAGAACAGGGAUGGUAAAGAAGUCCAGACUGCUGCUGGGAAUACUGAUGUCAAAGUGAAGAGACGGGUGAGGAAAGUUCUUACUGGGAAACCAGUUUCCCAGGACCAACCAGAAGAACCUGCAUCCCAGGAAAAACAACCGGUGGGACCCGCUUCCCAGGAAGACCAGUCUGAUCCAAAGAGUUCUGACCAGCAGAAAUGUAAAGACAGAGACUUGAAGGUGAGUUCCCACAAGGAGAGCAAGAAAAGCCUCAGCAAAACCAGAAAGUCUGAAGCCUUAAAGACUCCAGAACAAACUGAGACACAGAAACCCAUCAGUCCUGAGAAGAGCCAGAAAGGAAAGUGGGUCAAAGAAAAACCCGCUAAAAGGAAAGCAGGACAAAUUCUGGAUCUAUCCCAAAAGUCCUCCAAGAAAAAGUGCCUGAAAGCUCCUGCUGCCAAGAAGCUGCUGUCCAAAACAUCUUCGGAUAGUACCAACGAGUCCAGUCCGACUGAAAAGACUAUCAGAGAGGCACCAUCCAAGCAGAAAAAGACCAGGACCUCCACCAGGAAGACCUCAGCAGUUGGUCCAAAACCAGAUGAAUCGAUCUCUGAAACCAGUCCAUCCUUAGAGGCUAUGAAAGGUUCUGUUCAGCCAACUGGUUAUGGUGAAAUGGCUUUCUCCAUAGAUGGGUUGACCCAACCAGAACCUGAUGGUCCUCCCAGCAGACCAUCAGAGAAGAUGGAAGGUUCCCAUCCCACCUUCAUCAAGCCGUCGGUGCCGCCUCGCCUGCUCCUUCCUGGCCAGCGUGGCAGACCGGCCGACGGCGAGGACGACGAGGGGAUCCACAGCAGCCACGAGGGAGGAAGUGACAUCAGCGACAGUGCCUCAGAGGGCAGUGAUGACUCUGGCCUCAACGGUACGGGUGCUGCUCCAGGAAAGCUGGCCAACGACCCGGAGACGCCCACCGAGGAGAUCCCCACACCCACCGAACUCAAGAGCCACACGUGCAUCUUCUGCGACCGCACGUUCCCCCUGGAGACGCAGUACCGGCGCCACCUGAACCGCCACCUGGUCAAUGUGUACUACAUGGACAACGCUGCGCCAAGAUGAGCAGGUCUUCAUGGUACCAGACUGGCUAUGGAGGGCCAGGACCGGAAGUGGUUCUGUUGGCUCAGGCUCUGGUCCAAAAGAACUUAAAGUCAACUGAAUGUUUAUAUCUUUGAGUCUGAAACGGUUAUAUUCCAGAGCCCACGGUCCGAAGUUCUGACUGCCGGUUCUGUUGGUAUGAACUCCUGACUGUUGGUUCCGCUGAUCUGAACUACUGGGCCAGUUCUAGUGGUCUGAACUUCGGACCGCUGGUGCUGUUGGUCCUGACUGGUUUCAUGGUGAAGUCAUUCAGUGCCUUAGACAAUCAGCUGCUUCUGACAGGUUCUGGUUCCUGUCCAAAGGUCCAGUUUACAAGACAGUCGGACGUUCCACUAGCGGUUCACAAUGAUGACGAUGAUGAUGAUGAAGAAGCUUCCAGCUGUGUAAAUAUCUCAGUGCAAUAGACCAUUUAGUCCAGAGGCCAAAGUGAUUCUUUGUUUUAUCAUGAAGUGAAAUGAACUGAAUCGGAUCCUUCAAAGUAAUGCUGAAGGAGGAGAUUACGGACCGACGCGGUUCCUGACGGACCGACGCGGUUCCUGACGGACCGACGCGGUUCCUGAUGGACCGACGCGGUUCCUGAUGGACCGACGCGGUUCCUGACGGACCGACGCGGUUCCUGAUGGACCGACGCGGUUCCUGAUGGACCGACGCGGUUCCUGACGGACCGACGCGGUUCCUCUGAUGGACCGACGCGGUUCCUGAUGGACCGACGCGGUUCCUGAUGGACCGACGCGGUUCCUGACGGACCGACGCGGUUCCUGAUGGACCGACGCGGUUCCUCUGAUGGACCGACACGGUUCCUGAUGGACCGACGCGGUUCCUCUGAUGGACCGACGCGGUUCCUCUGAUGGACCGACGCGGUUCCUGACGGACCGACGCGGUUCCUGAUGGACCGACGCGGUUCCUCUGAUGGACCGACGCGGUUCCUGAUGGACCGACGCGGUUCCUGAUGGACCGACGCGGUUCCUCUGAUGGACCGACGCGGUUCCUGAUGGACCGACGCGGUUCCUGACGGACCGACGCGGUUCCUCUGAUGGACCGACGCGGUUCCUCUGAUGGACCGACGCGGUUCCUCUGAUGGACCGACGCGGUUCCUCUGAUGGACCGACGCGGUUCCUCUGAUGGAUCGACGUGGUUCCUCUGAUGGACCGACGCGGUUCCUGACGGACCGACGCGGUUCCUCUGAUGGACCGACGCGGUUCCUGAUGGACCGACGCGGUUCCUCUGAUGGAUCGACGCGGUUCCUGAUGGACCGACGCGGUUCCUCUGAUGGACCGACGCGGUUCCUCUGAUGGACUGACAUGGUGUUAGCAGGAUGCAAAUUAUGUUUUUUUAGCUGUAAUCUGUCCUCUCAUUAUUUUAAAUAAACAUUUCAUACCGACCCGACCCGGCCCGUCUCAGUGAGCUGCACAUAAACCAUUAAAUGUUUGGUUGCAACUGUUGAGCUGCCAGGUGGGUCAGCAGGUUCUGUGGAUCUGAAGGAGGGUGGACGAUGUGAUGUCCAGGUUUUAGGCCUCCAGUCUGCGUUUAGAAUCAGUCCUAAGCCUGGAUAACAUCCAUGUUAGCCUGAGUUCAUCCAGAUGAUGAGGCGGGACUGUUUAAAACUUGACACCAGUUUAAACCAGUUCAAACCAGUUAAGGUUUAAACUGGUGACUGCAGAGGAACUGAGCUGUCAGCAGGAGGCGCUGUUGGCUCGGAUGAAGUCCAGGUUCGGACACCCUCCAACCUCUAGUUCUAGUUGAUUUUUUCCUUCUGGGAAGUCGGAGUUUCCCAGUUCCGACCACAACUGGAAGGCAGCAUGAAGGUGAAAAGUGAUUCUGCUUUACUGCAGAAGACCUGGUGUUCUGUUCUGGAACGUUCUUAAUUCAGAUUCUGAGCAGAACCUUUUCUUUCGUUCUGAGAAAUAUGUAAAUAAGGAACCAAGAAGAUCUGCAAAUGUGAUGGAUUGAAAUGUGUUUAUUUCAGAGGCUGGCUAGUCUGAUUUGGCUGAAGCAGUGGUCAAAUCCAACCAGCAGGGGGAGUCUAGCGCUUGCGCUAGCUAUAGUGAAGAGCACCGGAACUUCCUCCUUAGUUAAUAAUAACCGUUGGAGCAGAAGCACCGUGUCCAGCUCUUUUAUUAAAACACUCCCCUUCUUCAGGGCAUUUACACAAAAACGUUCUUGCAGCGUCCCGCUCCGCUUCGAUGCUAAUUAUACGCAUCAGACACUCAAGGAAUGAAACAGAUUGGUCAAUUUCAGUAUGCUGAUUAUUUUAUCGAAGCUCGAACAAAACUUUGAAAUGGAGUUGAAAUACAUGUUUUUGAACAACCAUAACAUUUGCAUCACUCCAGUACUUCGGAUUCAGCCAGCAGUCCCACAAGCUACAGGCCCUUUUCUGCAGCCAAUCCAAAAGACAUGAAUCCAUGCAGGAACAUCAGAGAGGCAGAGACACAAACAGAACUGUAGAUAUUGUAAUGAAAUGUUUGUGGCUGAAAAUGACAGGAGAGAAAAACAUUUAGUUUGUGUUUUUCAGCCUUUUGAGAGCCGUGGCUCCUGUUUGACUGGAAAGUGAAACAUGAAGCUGAAUGCAGGUCUGGACAGAGAGACGGAGUUAUGAGAGAGGAGCUGUUAGAGCUGAAAAGCAUCAUUUUAAUUAUGUUUGUGGCCAAACUGUUGCACUGAUGUAGAGAGUUGUUCAAGAAGAACCAAACUUAUUUUGAGACUUUGUUUUUGUUGGUCAAACUGCUGAACUGAGUUCAAACCUGCUGAGACCCAUUUACUCUGUUUGUUACUUUACAAGAGGCAGAAUCAGGUCAAUUUCCAGUCAACUGAUAUCAACGCAUUUUUGACCAAUAAUCAAAUGUAUUUCGACCAAUAAAAUCUAUCAGAAUCUGGUAGCUUGUGUGCUAGCAGAGUAUUUAUCUGGCAAACCAUAAAGUUUAGUGUUCAUCCUGGAAUGAUGCUGAUUAAAGACGGGAGCCAUUUUGUUCAAGAGGAAAUGAAGACGAUGUUUUUUUGGGCAGUUUGCCACCUUGAGAUCAUAAGACAUAAACACACAUAUGAUAUAUAUUAAUUUAUGAGCAGCGACGGCAUAGUUACUUUGAAAAGUAAUUUGAUUACUCAAUGAAAAAUCCAUCAGUUAGAAAAUGUGCAUCUUUCUUUUCCCUCCAUCGUUUGUCGCUGGUGUUAAACCAAACGUAACUCCCCAAGGAAAGAGAAGGAAGCAACAAUGUGUGUUUACUAAAAACAUUACAAAUAUUAACACACAGUGACUUGGAUACAUAACUUUAAUCUGAUUAUUGGAUUGUAAAUAGUAACGCGUUAGAUUACACGUUACAAGGGGUCAGAGUAGAGUAACGCGUUGAUGACGUCACUGUUGGACAUUUCUGCUCCAACUCUUCACUGUCAGGUUUCCGUUGUGUUCAUGUGGCCCGGAGACAUGCGCGCAUUCAGCCAGCAGAGGGCGCCAUUCAGCUGCUCGGUUCCGGUUCGAACUUCAUUUAGUUCCUCAGAGGAUGAAGCAAAGCUGCAGUUUGCUCUCCAUGAUCCAAGGAUUUCCACACAUCUGGGACCAGGCUUAUUAUAUUUUUAUUAAGUAAAAAUAUAUAAGUUAAUUUGAUUUUUGCUAUCCUAAUAAGUAGAUUUGAACUUAGUAUUAUAUUGUACUUUAAGAUCUUUAGGCUCUUUAUGGGGGUCUGUAAGUCUUCGUUCAUUUUCUGACUGUGAUAUAAUCUUUCUAAGAUUAACAGCCUUUAGAGAAUCAACUUAAUUUUCCUGGGUUUUAUUUCCUUCUUUGUUUCUGUUUAUUCUCCACAGCAGGUUCCAACUUCCUCCAGCUGCUCCUGCCGUUCAUUCAAACUUAUUUCUGCUCAGAGAGAAACUGCUGCCUUACAUUUGGUCAUUAAAACAUUAUUUUUCUUUCCAGUAACCAAAAUAUCUCUCUUCUUUAUUGGAUCUGAUCUGCUGGUAGCGUUCAGACCGUAACAUAAUUUAUGCAGUAAACAUGGAGUCGUUUGUGUAAACAGUGAGAUCAGGACAAAACAAACAGACAAGCAGAACCUGCAGAACCUACAGAACCUAAAGAACCUGCAGAACCUACAGAACCCGCAGAACCUACAGAACCUGUAGAACCAGACAUCAGCGUCUCGAUCAUCUCCUCAGGCUGUUAUGGUUCAGAACAUUUAGUUAUGAUUAAGUUUCUUGUUGUGCUUUCAGUCGACUGUAUUGGUUUGAUUAUUUGCUUAUUUAAUGGAUAAUAAUAUCAGCCAAAAUAAUACAAAUGGUCAUUUAAAGAACAAAUCAUACAUCAGAUUAUGUUAUGUUCCGGGGUUCUCUGGUUCUCUUGGUGGGGUUUUCCUGUGCGCCUUUUCCACCUCUUACCACCAGAUGGCGACAGGUUCCGGUUGGAGUGCGGUGGUGUCAUCAUCAUCCUCAGCUGUCAUCGAUUACCCUCAUCAGCGGAGCAGACUUUAGGAGUUGACCGCCAGUCCAGCGUCGCCUGAGUUUGCCAGUCACGGUGAUCCCUUUGACACUCUGGACCCGCUGACUAGAUCCUGGCAGUUCUCCUGGUUUCAGAACCUCCCUCGUGACGCCGUGGAAAGUACCCACUGGUUGCCCGAGUUCCCAGACUCACCUCUCCGUUGUUUUGCAAGUAUCUCCUGGAUCCCACGGCUGGCGGUCGAACCACUCCUCUGUGUCUCCGUAGCACCCGAGCCUACCUGUCCGUUCUUCGCCGCACUCCUCCGUUGUUCCUGGACCCACUAAGAGACCGAGACCCUGGACAUACUCAGUUACCCUCCAAGAUUCAGAUCCAACCACCACAAUGAACCACUGCUGCCCGUUACCGUUGAUUCCCUGGACCAGACCACCUCGACACUUUCUGAUAAUUGUGUAAUCUUAAUAAAUCACUUAAACUGA